CGCUUUCUCGUGCUUUUCGUCCCCAUCUUGAACUCCCCCGUCGCCUCGCCCACCCGGUCUGUCUGUCCGUGAUGUGCCCCGGUGUCCGGCAUGCACCAGCGUGACGCGUGGUGUGUGAGUGGUGGCGUUGCGAGGCGUAAAAUUCUAAAACCGUCUGUGGAUUCGGGUUCGCGUCCCUGCACUGCAGUUAACAACAGCGCCACGCUCGACUGCUCGACGCUCCGCCUUUCCCCUCUCUCUCCCUCGGUCUCUCCCGCCGCCCCCUUCGCCCGAGCGAAUUCCAGCUGCUCGGAUACUGCUCCUGCUCCGGAUUUCUCAAGGUCGAAGUCUGGUGCCCUGACCUAGCGCCAUGGGCGGCAGGAGAUUUGAAAUAAAUACAAAUAAAUGCGGGACACAUCCAACGCCAAGUAAAGCGUAUUAUGUCGAUACCACCAGUACCGAUGCACAUCAAGUUGUCCACUGUCAAGUUAAUUGUAGACCAGCAAGAGAUCGCAAUAUUGAUUCCUACUCUGUGAAGCACCAUUACCCAUCUCCUAUUGUUUCUUGGAUAGAAGAUCUUUCGAGCUUCGGCAAUGUUCCUUUUUGCCCGGAUCCUGAAUACGCUGAUGAGCAAUCAAGAUCUUCAGCGGGUCAGUCUUCAGCAUCUGUCAAUUUGCAGGACAUGCAGAUAUCGGUUAGAUUGACAGAUGAAUUCAUCGAACUUGCGAAGGAGAAUACAAGCAACAACGUAGAGACUUGUGGAAUUUUAGGUGCUUCAUUUAGGGAUGGAACUUACUACGUGAAUAUGCUGAUCAUACCAAAGCAAGAGGCAACUCCUCAUUCUUGCCAGGCUGUCAAUGAGGAAGAGAUACAUGCUAUUUUAUCGGAGCAAUCACUUUACCCUGCAGGAUGGAUACAUACGCACCCUUCGCAAACAUGUUUCCUAUCAUCAAUCGAUCUGCACACUCAAUACUCCUACCAGGUUAUGUUACCAGAGGCUGUUGCAAUUGUGAUUGCUCCCACUGAUCCUAGUAGGAGCUGUGGAAUAUUCAGGCUGACAGACCCAGGAGGAAUGGGUGUGCUUAGGGAGUGCAGGGAAAGUGGGUUCCACUCCCACCCGGAGACUACGGAUGGCAGUCCAAUAUAUGAAACCUGCUCCAAGGUUAUAUUCAAUCCAAAUUUGAGGUUUGAGAUUGUUGAUCUGCGUUCUGCUCCCUGAACAGUGUAAUUCAGCCUGCAGCUCUCUAUAUACUGCCGUGUCUUGCCAAAAUAUGCAAGUAAAAAUGCAUAUACCAUAAUAGAUAGAUCAUCCAGGACACCAGGCAAUACCUGCUAGCUGCGUACCUUAUCAUCUGGAUGACUUGGGUAGAAAAUGUUGGUAUUACUAAUCCAUGAUAUCAACUAAGCUUUGAUGAUGUUACAGUAAUGUGGGGGUAUUUGUAAAAAUGAAGUGUAACUUGGAAAAAAAAUAGUGGUGAAUUGUCUAAGAACUCUGCCUUUUGUAUCGAUACUUCUCCGAAGGCA